AUGGCCGAGCCCACCGCGCGCGCGCGCACCAACGCGUCGAGCUGGAUCGCCGGGCUGUCAAAGCUCUCCCUCGCGGCCCUCCUCUUGACCUUUGUUACCUUUAUCCACCUGGUCGGCCUCGGCGUCUUCACGCACGGCUUCCUCCUCACGCGGCUCGUCAUUCCCGACGUUGCCGCCCCGUACAAGCAAGCUGGCGACGCGCCCCUCCCCGCGACCCACUCCAAGGCCGUGCUCAUCAUCAUUGACGCGCUGCGGACAGACUUCAUCUCGCCCCACCACCCCUCGCCCAAGUCGGACAACCACCAUGGCGUCCUCACCCUCCCCGCCGAGCUCACCGCCUCGCAGCCCGGCCACUCGCUCAUCUUCAACUCGUUCUCCGACCCACCUACGACGACCAUGCAGCGCCUCAAGGCCAUCACGACGGGUUCGCUGCCUACGUUCAUUGACGCCGGGGCCAACUUCGCCUCGACGGCCAUCGAGGAGGACAGCCUGAUUUCCCAGCUGAACGCUGCGAACAAGUCGGUCGUCUUCAUGGGCGACGACACAUGGCUCAACCUCUUCCCUUCGUCCUUCUCGCAGGCUUACCCCUACGACUCGUUUAACGUCGAGGACCUGCACACGGUCGACAACGGCGUCAUCGAGCACAUCUUCCCGCUGCUGCACCCCGACAACUCGACGCAGUGGGACUUCCUCAUCGGCCACUUCCUCGGUGUCGACCACGUCGGACACCGUGUCGGCCCUGAGCGCGAGACUAUGCGCACCAAGCUCGCGCAGAUGGACACUGUCCUCCGCGACGUCGUUGACAAGCUCGACGACGACACACUCCUUGUCGUCCUCGGUGACCACGGCAUGACGACCAAGGGCGACCACGGCGGUGACUCGGAGCUCGAGACCUCGGCCGCGCUCUGGAUCUACUCCAAGGGCAAGCCGCUUGCGCAGGGUGCGAGCUCCGAGUUUGACUGGCCCCGUUACACCUUCCCCGGCUCCAAGGAGUCGCUCCGCCACGUCGACCAGAUCGACCUCGUCCCCACGCUCUCCCUCGCCCUCGGCCUCCCUAUCCCGUUCAACAACCUCGGAUCUGUCAUCCCCGAGCUUUUCUCGGGCUCCCUUGAGACCCUCGAGACGGCCACGCGUGUCAACGCGGAGCAGAUCGCCCGCUACGUCAAGGAGUACGACAACCGUGAUGUCGUCUGGGCCGUGGACACCGUCACCAAGCGUUCUACUGCCGGUGACGACCUCGCCAGCAAGAUUACCCACAACCGCCGCAUCGCGCAGGUUGCGCUCGAGAACCUCCGUGCUCUCUGGGCGCAGUUCUCCGUCCCGCACAUCAUCGCCGGUAUCGUCCUCCUCGCGCUCAGCGUCGCCGCCACGGUCGCACUCUACCUCGGCGUGCGCAACAGCGGGCCCAAGUGGGACGACUACGUGCGUCUUGCUCUCGACACUGCCAUCACCACUGGCGGUAUCACGAGCAGUGUCGUUGGCACCGUUGCCGGCGUGUACACCCGCGACCCCGCUGUCGCGAUCAAGACGUUCUUCGUCUCGACAGCCGCCAUUGCUUCCCUCCUCCUCGCCCUUCCCCUGGUGUUUAGGGACCGCAAGACGUCGUGGCGCUCGGUUACGCUCAGCCAGGCGAUCGGCCCAGCCGUCCUCAUUCUCCACGCGGUGUCGUUCGCGUCCAACUCGUUCGUCAUGUGGGAGGACCGCAUGGUCGGCUUCCUCCUCGUUUCGAUCGUGCUCGUCAGCCUCUGGCGUGCUCUCCUCGCGCCCAUGGCCUCGCUCCGCCUCCGCAUCCUUCUCUACUCGCUUGGCCUGGCCAUCAUCGCCCGCGCGAUGGGAUUCAGCACCAUCUGCCGCGAGGAGCAGCAGCCGUACUGCCGCGUGACCUUCUACGGUCCAUCGGGUGGCCCAUCCGACUGGGGCCUCUACAUGGCGCCGGUCGCUGCGCUCAUGUUCCUCCCCCGUGUCGUUGCCGUGGUCCUUUCUUGGUCCAAGAGCUACAACGGUCCCGCGCCAUUCUUCAUCGCCGCCGUGUGGCGUGUCCUCAUCAUCGUCAACACCCUCUACUGGGUCUUCGAGUGGAUGGAGACCUGGGACGGCCUCCAGCCUGACCGUAUUCCCCUCGUCAAGAUCAUGAAACUCUGGAUCGCACGCGUCUCUCUCGGCGCGUCCCUCGGACUCCUCCCGCACUUGUGGUACAACUCGGGCCUGUGCAUCGACGUUGUCAAGACGGCCGACCAGGCGACUGGCGAGGAAGAGGUCGGCGUGUACGGCUUUGGCAACUCGUACGGCUCGACGUACCUCCUCUUCCUCCUCAUCAUCUUCUCGGUCGUCCACCUCGUGUCCGCCUCGGCUGGACAGGUCGUCCUCUGCCUCGUGCUUGUUGCGAUUCUGCUAUACGUCGAGUUGAUCGACGCCCAGCGCGACUCGAUCGUCAUGAAGCUUCAGUUCGCCAACUCUGCCAGCCCGGGCGCGUUCGACGGCCCGAGCAACGCGCUCGUCCGCCCGUCGUUCACCGACGCGGUCCCGCUCGCCCUCCUGGCCCUUUUGGCGUUCUUCACAACGGGCCACCAGGCCGUGUUUGCGUCGAUCCAGUGGAAGGCGGCCUUUGUCGGCUUCGAGACAGUCACAUACCCCUGGUCCCCAGCCCUCGUCGGCCUCAACACGAUCGGCCCUCUGCUUCUCGUGGCCAUGGCCGUGCCGCUCGUGGCCAUCUGGAACGUGUCGCCCCGCCCCAACCAGUCGGUGCCGGUCCUCGCGCACAGUGUCCAGCUCGCGCUCGCGUUCAUCACUUACUUUGCCACCAUCACCCUCGCAUCGGCCGUCACAUCGGCAUGGCUCCGCCGCCACCUCAUGGUGUGGAAGGUGUUCGCCCCACGCUUCAUGAUUGCGGGCAUCAUCCUGCUCGCGGUUGACGUCGCGCUUAUCUUUGCCGUGACUGUCGGCUUUGGUGUCACCAGCUCCAAGGUAUACCGCACGUUCAGGAGCGUGAGCGAGUAG